ACGGACUUCAUGCCACGUAAUAGAAAUGUCAAUGCCAAAAUUGUUGCGGGUUUAGGGAAUUUUUAAAUUGACGAAAAAAUAUUGAAAACUCUACAAAUAAUAUAAAAUAGCUGGUAAUAGGCAUUUAUACUUUCAAAAAUAAUCAAUGGGUUCCUCCCAUAGUACUGAAGUGCCAGGAGGCGGCUCUGAAGGAUAUCAUGUUUUGCGGGUUCAAGAUGGAUCUCCAGGCCAAAAAGCGAAUCUGGAAGCAUUUUUCGACUUUAUAGUUGCUAUUGAAGAUACAAGACUGGACCAGGAUAAUGACACUUUGAAAGAAUUGUUGAAGAAGAACGUCGAUAAGACUAUCAAAAUGUUAAUUUAUAGUAGCAAAACUCAGACUGUGAGGGAAGUAAUGAUUAUGCCGAGCGCCAACUGGGGCGGUCAGGGCCUACUUGGUGUUAGCAUUCGCUUCUGCUCAUUUGAAGGUGCUAAUGAAAAUGUCUGGCAUGUACUGGAGGUACAUCCAACUUCACCAGCAGAAUUGGCUGGCUUGAGGCCGUUUUCUGAUUACAUAAUUGGAGCAGAUUCAAUAAUGCAUGAAAGUGAAGACUUGUUUACAUUAAUUGAAGCUCAUGAGGGCAGGGCUCUCAAGCUGUAUGUGUACAAUGUGAAUGAUGAUACUUGCAGAGAAGUGCAUAUUACACCAAAUCAUAAUUGGGGAGGUGAAGGUAGCCUUGGAUGUGGAAUAGGCUAUGGGUAUUUGCACCGAAUUCCAAUAAGAAAUCCUACAACUCUGCCUGCACAACAGUCUUAUGCUGCAAGUGCACCAAUGGUAGCACAAAAUGUUCAACAGAACUUAGUGCCAGGAGUGCAAAAUCUCAAUUUAGAAGAUGACAAAACCCCAUUGAUGUCUGCGCCGCAAGUGUCAAAUGUUCAUACAGAUUAUCCACAGCCAGCCCCACCCCCAUUCUUAUCAGGUGUUCCAAUGGUAAACUCUGGUAGCUAUGCUGCUCCUGGUGCUGCUACUGCCGUCCCACCGGCAGUGCCACCUCAACAAUUAGCUGGACAGCAAAUUAUAUCUCCAUCGCAGCCUAUUUCUCAAACACAGUCUGUUGUAUCUAACAUGGCAGCCUAUUCUAGCAAUUUAGCUGAUGCAACAUUAACAAAUCUGGGAAGUAUACCAUCUGUGUCUAAUAUGCAACCCCCAGCACCACUGCCUAAUUUACCUGGUAUUCCAAUGAACCAACCACAGCCUUACAUACCUAUCAUGCCCAACUACACUGCCUCUCAAGUCCCUACAUCUUCACCAUACCUUCAGAGUGCACCAAACUUAGUUCCCACAUUCGACAUGAGCAACUUUGCUCAGGCGCCGAUCCAGCCACCUCCAGUUCCGACUGGACUGCCUGUAGUUACCCCAGUGUCGCUACCCGGGAUGCCUUCCAUCACGGUGAGUGCUACUCUGCCUGUGUCCACCAUGCAAGAGAUACAUCAACAGCAAUCACAACAACAACAACAAGAUUUAUUAUCGUGAAAUGAUGAAAUUGUUUUACUAUUAUGCCUAUUUAAUAUUCUAAGCAGAGUCAUCUCUUAUUGGCCCAAAUUUAUGUUAGUUUUGUUUUAAAUGUUAUGCUGAAAUCAUUCCCCUGGGAGGCAGGCAUAGUGAUUUUAGCAUUGUAUUAUAAAUAUGAUUUUCUUGUAUUGUACCUUUAUUAUAUCUUUAUUUUAAACAAGUGCAAAUGUUAGAGAUGUGUACCAAACGCUGGGUAUUUGACAAAUACACUUAAGGUUUCCUUUUAGGUCUGCCUUCAAAGUUAUUGUAAGUGUACAUUUGAAAUGAUAAAUAAAUGAUAAAAACCAUAAA